AUGUUUACCUUUGCUGCAUACGAUUGGGUUUACAUGAAACGUCGCAACAGCCUACAAGCAAUUCUACUGGAAACGAGAGCGCAUUUUGUGCAGGUGGACACAAAUUUUCCCACUGAGACGUAUUACAAACUAUGGCGGUAUUACGACCCCCAUGCGGAUGGAUAUAGGCACCCACAACGUCCUGGAUUUCCUGCGGUGCCUAUUGUUUACAUUCACGGCAACGGUGGUUGCUACGAGGACAUGCGAUUCUUCGGGCGAGUUAUUGGCGAGGUGAACGUGAAACUGCGCUAUCAACGCACAGCUCGGUUUCAAGAAGACGUAAAACGCACGCUGUUUGAGUUAUAUAGGCGUGAGGGAUGGGAUAUGCCUGCCGAUGGGGAAGAAAUCCCUAAGGAUAUUCAACAGAGGGCUGAGGAAAUGGUGAUACAGAGGACACCCCUUUUGAACACAGAGGUCUUUGCUGUGGACUUUCUAGAGGAGUCGAACACUCAUGAUGGUCUGUUGAUGACGAAGGAGGCUCGCUUUUUGAAUAACAGCGUUUAUUUGCUGCUGCAUGCGUUUCUGGGUCACUACCGCGAGGUCCUUUUGCAUGCCACAGGAUCUCUAAGGAGGAGCCAUGAGGAAGAAGUGUAUAUCCCCAGUACUGUAACCAAUGCUGAGGUUGAAUAUGUGGACAGCUUGUGUAGUCGCGAUGAACUCAAAACGGAGGAGUCGAAUGAAGUUUGUUUGGUUGCAAAGGAACAGAUUCGUCGCUUCUCUUCUUUAGAGCGCAUACGGCAAGAAGUAGAGCGAGUACGAAAAGAAGGUAUUUGGAUCUGGACAGAAUCGAUAGGGGGUCAAUUAGCUGUGUUCGCCGCAGUUCUAGAUCCACAGCUAUACGCCGGUGUUGUCAUGGCUGGAGCGCCAUUGCGAUAUCCUCCGAUGCUCUUUGAUACCGGAUGCGUCUACUACAACCGGGUCGUACAUGGUGCUGCUGUUUUCUCCUAUGCGUACAACCAUACAUCUACACUGGAUUGGGGCAAGAUUGUUGGCUCCACCGAUGCUGCCCAAAUUCUCUGGAACUUAGGAAAGGUUCCUGCGCAGGACGUAGCAGCUCGAGUGAGUCGUGUUCGUAUGAUAACCAUAAAUGGGGGUGCAUUGGAUGACAUCAUCCCACCACACUCGUCUUUUUUGCUUCGUUCCACGGGACGUUGUGCGGCUUCUGAAGAUCAUCAGAAAAUGCUGAAGUUGGCUCCUGUUCACGUGCGACGGCGAGAUGUAUCCACGGAAGAGUUGCGCGGCUGUGGCAUGCCACUUAGUCAUCGAGGUCUUGUCUUUUCUCUUCAGCUCCUGGAUGUUGCAGCAGAUUCUUUGAUACGGGCAUCUUUGACCUCGCUCUCGAGUGCGCUUCCGAGCGGGGAACCUGCUGACGCUUACUGGAAAGACCAACUAUUUCCAAGUAUCGUGGAGACCCUUCCCCGCACACUUGACGCGUACCGCGCGGAUGAGUUCAUGUUUGUAGCGUCCCUAAGUGAAUCCACUAGGGAAUCCACUAAUGAGGUCUCGUAUCACAUGACGAAUACUUCUCAUGCCCUAAAUAAAAUAGAGAAUAUUUGUGUGCAGAGUAAGGCAGUACUGAAUUUGCAGGAGAUCCCAGUAGAAGAAGAUGAUAACCCAGAGUCAUGGGAGGCAUUGCAUAUUUUUAUUGGCGCCACAACCUACGCCCCAGAGGAGGUUCGUUGUCCGCAAUUACGUUUGUUGCGUGUAGGAGAGAAGGACGAGGUUCCACACACAGAAGUUAUAUCACGUGCUGCAACGAAACUUCAUCUUCCCAUACGUCGGAAUGACACUGUCGCUGAGCCUGGGACUGUUUUGCAAACAGUCAUCAGCUUUCAGGUUCUCCAGAAACAGCGUGGAACCUCACCGGAGUGGGUGCGACCACAGUUUUGUUUUUCAGUAAAACGUGAAAAGGUGUUUGCAAAACAGUUUUCCUUCGUUCAGCACGACAAAGUUGACCCGUUAAAUGGGAUGGAGGCCCCGACUGUGUCUCAUGAUAACCUUGCUUCAGUAAACGGAAACGACCAACUCUCCGUGGAAAAGUACGGCAGAUUUGUCCUUAUUCGUAACAUAGACAGCGUGUCGUUGGAGACAAAUAUGGUUGUAAGUGUGAAUAACAGGGUCGUCUUUCCCCACAUCAUGUGUGGUUCUUUCCGAUCUUUUCGCAUUACGUUUCGAGGAACAGAAGGAGUAGCCCCGGACGAACCAGGGUCUCAACAACAGUACUUCUUUGGACCCUAUGAGACAGAAAAACACACAUUUCAUUACAGUUGGCGUCCGUUUUUUACAGUGCCAUUUAACUUGAGAAAUGUUUACGUGGUGUACGUUAUAUCUGCGGAGGAAGAGCCAUCUAUUCAUGUUGGAGACUUGGAGUUAAGUCAGACGCCUCGCUGGGGUGAAUAUGAGUAUUGGGUGUGGUGGCUUGGACGAUGGACAAUGCGUUUGAUGGCGGUGCUAUCAACCCACUCGCUCUCUGGUAAGUUUGCAGGUUGUUAUACCCUGCUUUUCCUGAGUGUUCACGGAUGCUUCGGUGUGAAACAUUUUGUUGGAUCGCCUAGGACGAGGUGGAUUUUCCCUAGUCUUCGCAAACUGCAUCCUACUCUUUUGGUGCUGGUUGUUACACUGGUGUUAGAGCACCUCAGUUGUACUGUGGCCCGUACUUUAUUAACUGUAUGUCUCAACCAGGAUCCUCCGCUACGUAGCGACGACGAAUUGACUGCGAUGAUGGAUAUUAAAGAAAAACUAACGCUGGUAUUCCUGUAUGCGCUUCCUCCACGCUAUGAGGCCUGCAAGUAUUCCUGGAUACGCAUGCAAAGUGUGGCCCCCAGUGAUGUACAACUAGAUUACAUGUUGCACAUGGUUUGGGCAUUGUGCUUUGUCGUAUUUAUGACUCUAUGUGAGUUUAUUAUGUGGUGUUGCAUGUGGCCAUUUUCUUUCCUUCUUCGUGCUUUUUUAAAAAUCCGUUUGCGCAGUGAGGUGCCUGUUUGGCGCUUGGUGGCGGUUUGGUCUAUUCCUGUUAUCAUGCAUCUGACUAUCCCGUGGUUGCACAUAUCAAUUACAACAACAGUGGCCUGUUUGUUGGCAUAUGCCAUGUUGUGGUGUUUCCCAUAUAAUUCGUAUGACUGUGCCGGGCCUCAAUAUCGUUGGCUGUGCUUUAUGCUCACCAUGCUGUUGCAAUUGACCUCCCAUGUUGAGGGACUAGUGCUCGUUGUUCGAAAUUACAUUAUGUCGCCACCGGUGGUGCUAACGGACGCAGAACGUUACAGCACACUUCCAGAGCACCAGCUGGCGUUUGUGGUGGUUCAGGGCGCAUUGGCGGUUGUGUAUGGCACGUUUUAUCUAUCGCUCCGGCACUGUGCCACUAUGGAGGCUGAAGCUGCAGUGAAGGCAAAGAGGGUUAGAAACCCCACAAAAAGUGGAUUGCAGUUAAAAGAAUCUCCAGAUGGGGAAAAACAAUUGUCUUACUUUUUAGGUGACAUUGGUCGUUGGUAUCCUCGAUUUGGACGGGUUCUGAAAAUCAUUUCUAAACUUGUGAUGUUUUUUGCACUAUGGAUGAGUUUGGUUGCUGUGCGCCGACCGCUGGAAGGCACCAUCACCCUGUAUGGCGUCUGCUUGACCGCGUUGUUCAUGGCGCUUGUGCUAGUUCGUUUGUGGUGA